AGCCGUCCUCUGUGUGCACACGGGGGCUUUUUUGUUUUGGCUUUUGUGGUGUAUAAAUACUGCUGUUACAUACAGGCAAGACAGACUCUGAUCUGCUUUCAAGCUCAACAUUUUGGAUCGAUUGUCACACGGUCAAGAGAUGCAUUCCUUUCUCCUGUUGGUCCUGUGUGCUGCUCUGGGUUUAACCAGCUCUAAUGUCCACCAGCAUCACAUAGAGACUCUAAUGGACAAUGCGCUGGUGUUGCGAGUGCCUGAUUCUCUUGGAAGCAUGGUGGAAGUUCCCCUAACCUGUGGAGCCGCUUAUCAGCCUCAUGAGGUGUUUUGGAAAAAGAAUGGGGAGGAACUGACGCCUGCUGUCCAGGGGAACCAUAUCACGGUUUUGGUUAAAGAGAUGAAAGCCGGGAACUACUCGUGUCACCUUAGUUCCACUGGAGAAUACGUGAAUCACACACUGAUCCUGGUCCAGCUGGAUCCAGACAACAGAACCGUCAUACUGGAGGAGAAAUCUCCCCAAGAAGGACACAUCCACUGCUCCGCAUUGAACUACAACGGCUCCUUUCAGUGCAACUGGAAGAAAACGCAGCAAAGAUCUCACGCUGCUGUGCUCCUGAUAAAGGCAAGCCGUUACCAGGAGGAGAUAUCCUGUAUGCUGGAUGCUGACGGAUCAGGAGUUUUGUGCCAGGAUGUCGAAUGUCCUUACAAAGAGGAAAAACACCCCAUACACCUCACCAUCUACAUGAACAGCUACUCUCGUCUGGAGGCCUAUACAAAGUCUUUCUACCUGAGAGAAAUUGUGAGGCCAGAAAAGCUUCCCAACCUGCACAUUACCAGCGGUCAGGUGUUCAGGUGGGACUAUCCGGACACCUGGGAAAAGCCCCAGACCUACUUUGGCCUCCACUUCCAAGUCAAGGUCCUCCAAAGUGGACAAUCCUGCAACAGCGACAACUUCAUACUGCAGAAUAAUCUCACCGAAGAAACCGUGUUCGAUGUCAAUAUCAAAUCCAAGAAGUACGUCUUCUGUGUGAGAGCUCAGGACAAACAUGCCCGGGGGCCAUGGAGCCACUGGAGUCAGUGCAUAGUAACCAGAAACAACGUUGACUGCCACCUUCGUUAGCUGCCACAGAAAACAACUGAAGACAAAAAGCCAGAUGAAUGUAAAAAAAAGAAUUCUAACGUUAAGUCCAGUGGCAUGCACAAAACAAUUGUUCAUACACCUGUGAUAAAGUGCUUUUGACAGUGGUGAGGAUGCACUAUGUGUGCCCUUUUCCUUUCUGCCUGUGCCCUUCAAAAAGCCUGUGCACGCCACUGGUUAAUUCUUAAGUGAAAAUUAAUGUAUACAUGUACAGUAUUUAUUCAUCCUUUAUUUAAGUUAUGUUUCUCGGUUCAUAGUGGGUGAAAAUUUGAAUAUUGUUUACUAAUU